AUGGGAAAUUCUUCUUCAGAUGAACUAGUUGAAGAAAAUCCUCCCAAUUUCAAUGAAGGGAGAAAUAGAAGACCACCAGUCUGGAUGGAAGAUUAUGAAACUGAAGGGAGUCUCUCUAAAGAAGAUGAUGUGGCUCAUUUUAUCAUGCUUGCAGCUGCUGAUCCAAUUCAUUUCGAAGAUGCAGUGAAAAGUGAAAAAUGGAGAAAAGCCCUGGAUUCAGAAAUCAAAGCAAUAGAAAAGAAUGAUACAUGGGAAUUGAAGGAGUUACCUGCUGGGGAAAGAAGAUUGGAGUGA